GUGGAUCUGGAGGUGAGCAGGGAGAAGACAAGGAACCUGAUUUGUGGGAAAACCAGCUCCACUGCCAGGUGUGGAAGGAGCUGAGAGGGUCUCCAAAGGUGGGACAUUACUGCUGCAGGAGGAGCUGUGGAUGAUCUGCUGCCAUGCACCGCUUAAGGACUACAUUUAUACGGCUAUGGCCUUUAACAACACCACAGAUAGCCCAAAACCCAGCUCAGAAUAGACUGUGGGUGCCCGGGGGACACCUCGGGACAUUUCAUGUUGUGAGACACCUGAACGCUCCUGUGGCUGCCGAGCCUUUCCUGAACGGCACCAGCUCCAACUAUGUGGAGGAGAUGUACCAAACGUGGCUGGAGAAUCCCAGCAAGGUCCACAAGUCCUGGGAUACAUUUUUCCGGAAUGCAAAUGCUGGAGCUCCACCUGGUGCGGCCUACCAGAGCCCUCCGCCACUAAAUGGUGUUUCUGAGGGACUGACCGGAGUCCAGGAUCUGCUGGGAGCUCAACUCGAUGUGGAGAAACUAGUGAAGGAUCAUCUAGCAGUGCAGGCGCUGAUCAGAGACUACCAGGUCCGAGGACAUCACUUAGCGAAGUUGGACCCUCUGGGCAUCGGCUGCGUGGACUUUGAUGACACUCCAUGUUCUGUUGGUUUCCAGAACGUUGGGUUGUAUGGCCUAGCAGACAGUGACCUGGACCGGGUCUUCCGCCUUCCCACCACCACCUUCAUCGGUGGAAAUGAAAGCGCUCUGACGCUCAGGGAGAUUAUUCACCGCCUUGAGACGGCCUACUGCCAGCAUAUUGGGGUGGAGUUCAUGUUCAUUAAUGAUGUGGAGCAGUGUAAGUGGAUCAGGCAGAAGUUUGAGACACCAGGAAUCAUGCAGUUCAGCUUGGAGGAGAAGAAGACUUUGUUGGCCAGAAUGAUUCGAUCCACCAGGUUUGAGGAGUUUCUUCAGAGGAAGUGGUCUUCAGAGAAACGUUUCGGUCUGGAAGGUUGCGAGGCUCUCAUUCCGGCCCUGAAGACCAUCAUAGACAAGUCCAGUCAGAGCGGCGUGGAGAGUGUGAUCAUGGGAAUGCCUCACAGAGGCAGGCUGAACGUUCUGGCUAAUGUGAUCCGGAAGGAUCUGGACCAGAUCUUCUGCCAGUUUGACUCCAAGCUGGAGGCUGCAGAUGAGGGUUCAGGUGAUGUGAAGUAUCACCUGGGGAUGUACCACAGAAGGAUAAACCGGGUCAGUGACCGGUACGUCACCAUGUCUCUCAUGGCAAACCCAUCCCACCUGGAAGCUGUGGACCCAGUGGUGCAGGGAAAAACCAAAGCUGAACAGUUUUACUCUGGAGAUACCGAGGGCAAGAAGGCGAUGUCUAUUCUUCUUCAUGGUGAUGCUGCGUUUGCCGGACAGGGGAUUGUUUACGAGACGUUCCAUCUGUCAGACCUGCCGUCAUACACCACCCAUGGUACCAUACAUGUGGUGGUCAACAACCAGAUUGGAUUCACCACAGAUCCCAGGAUGGCUCGUUCAUCUCCAUACCCGACGGAUGUGGCUCGAGUGGUCAAUGCCCCCAUCUUUCACGUCAACGCUGAUGACCCCGAGGCUGUGAUGUAUGUGUGCAGCGUAGCAGCCGAGUGGAGGAACACCUUCCAUAAAGAUGUUGUCAUAGACCUGGUGUGUUACAGGCGUAACGGUCAUAACGAGAUGGAUGAGCCCAUGUUCACCCAGCCUCUGAUGUACAAGCAGAUCAAGAAGCAGAACAAGGUCCUGCAGACGUUUGCAGACAAGCUCAUUGCUGAAGGAGUUGUUACAACACAGGACUACGAGGAGGAAGUAGUCAGGUACGACAAAAUCUGUGAAGAAGCCUACGUUCGCUCCAAAGAUGAGAAGAUCCUCCACAUCAAGCAUUGGCUGGACUCCCCCUGGCCAGGCUUUUUCACCCUGGAGGGUCAACCUAAAUCUAUGAGCUGCCCAUCGACGGGCAUCAGUGAAGAUGAACUAAGUCACAUUGGAAACAUCGCAGCUUCAGUCCCUGUGCAAGAUUUCUCAGCUCACGGAGGCAUCAGUCGUAUCCUGAAGGGUCGAGCCAACAUGGUGAGUCAGCGAGUUUGUGACUGGGCUCUCAGCGAGUACAUGGCCUUCGGCUCGCUGCUGAAAGAAGGAGUCCACGUGCGUCUCAGUGGACAGGAUGUAGAGAGGGGCACAUUCAGCCAUCGACACCAUGUCCUUCACGAUCAAAACGUUGAUAAAAGAACCUGCAUCCCGAUGAACCACAUGUCCCCUGAUCAGGCUCCUUACACUGUCUGCAACAGCUCUUUGUCUGAGUACGGAGUUCUGGGUUUCGAGCUGGGCUUUGCCAUGGCCAGUCCCAACGCUCUGGUUCUGUGGGAGGCCCAGUUUGGAGACUUUCACAACACAGCUCAGUGCAUCCUGGACCAGUUCAUCAGCUCAGGACAGGCCAAAUGGGUCCGACAGAACGGCAUCGUGCUGCUGCUCCCUCACGGCAUGGAGGGGAUGGGUCCAGAACACUCAUCUGCCCGUCCUGAAAGGUUUCUACAGAUGUGCAAUGAUGACCCAGAUGUUUUUCCUACAUUUUCAGAGGACUUUGCAACACAUCAGCUUCAUGACUGUAACUGGAUUGUGGUCAAUUGUUCAACUCCUGCAAACUACUUCCAUGUUCUCCGUAGACAGAUCCUGCUGCCGUUCAGAAAGCCUCUCAUCGUGUUUACGCCAAAGUCACUGUUGCGCCACCCUGAGGCCAAGUCGAGCUUUGAUGACAUGUUGCCUGGUACCCACUUCCUGCGUCUCAUUCCGGAGGACGGGCCUGCAGCCGUCAGCCCAGAGGAAGUGAAAAGAGUCAUUUUCUGCACCGGCAAGAUUUACUACGAACUGAUCAGGGAACGGAAGAACAGAGGCCUGGAUAAAGCUGUCGCUGUUGUUCGUGUUGAGCAGCUCUCACCGUUUCCUUUCGACCUCGUGAAAGCAGAGACGGAUCGAUACCUGAACGCUGAGCUGGUCUGGUGUCAGGAGGAGCACAAGAAUCAGGGAUACUAUGACUACGUCAAGCCCCGCCUCCGUACUACAAUUGGACGAACACGCCCCAUCCGGUAUGCUGGCCGUGAGCCUGCAGCAGCUCCAGCCACCGGGAACAAGCACACACACCUCAUGGAGCUGCAGAGGUUGCUGGACACAGCCUUUGGUGUGGACGGAUCCUCAGGGAAACUUUAAAUCAGUCUUUGAUCCCACCUACUGGACGGGCCUCAGGCUCCAGGUUCUGGCUUCACUGUUUGCUGACGUUUUGCACUGAUGUUCAGACAAAAGGCACAAAGAUUUUUAAGCACUGUUACCACGCAGGUUCACAGGGAUGGACACAAUGAAGGAAAUGAGCAAUUAUUUUAUGCAAACUGAAUGUGUAAGGUCAGGUUUAAUCAGGUUCAUAUUCAUCUGCCAAUCAGGGAUUUGCUGGUCAAUUAUUGUCAAUAAUUUAUUAUCUUAUAGAAACUCUUAAAAUAUUUCUACAAAUUGUACCCAUGUUUUAAAUUUGUAGAAAACGAUUUCCCUCAAGAAUUUCUCUGUAUGUUGCUUCAUGCUCCUACAAGUUGUACUUUUUUCCAGUUCUUGACAGUGGCGGAGCCAGACAUUUUUCUCAGGGGUGGCCAGACUGGGACCACUACUCACACAGGGGUGUCCAGACUG